UUACACAGCUUUACAUUAGGUCACUGUAUUAAAAUUUUUAAUCAAUGCAUUGCCAUGGGUGCUAAUGUAUACAUUACUAUAUUCUACGUUGUUUAUUUUAUAACAAUCGGUAACAGAGCUCAGUUUUCGUAUAUUAAGUCUAUAAAAUAUCUAGAUAUUUAAAAAAGGUUAAAAAUGAGUGAGGGCCAGGAAAAUAUUAAAUUCUUGAUACAAAGGCCGAAAACUCCAGUGGUCAAACCCCCGAUGCACCGUUCAGUCUUUAAUAAAUCGAUUAAGAGGGAAUACAAAUCAAAUAGGGGCUGUCACAAAACGAUGGGCUAUGCUGAAAUCAAGCCUAAUCAACCAUCAAAGUUUUUAAAAAAACAUACCAGAAUAGUGAUAAGACCAUUUGUCGGUACAAACAAAAACACUACUUUUCCCAAGACUUCAGAUGCUUUAAAUCCGGUAUAUCCCAGUCGACGUUGUCGUAAAUCAGAGAGAAAAUCCGAAGAGAAAACUAAAAGAAUCAAUAGAAAUUUCUUGUAUGAAAACAUUGUUGAUGUGAUAAGAAAGGUCCCACCGUUGUCCAAGCAUCGGGUACAGGACACCAGACAUGGACAUAUUAUAGUUCUAGAUGAGGCGGGCUUAGAGCCAACGUUCGUGUCUAAGAAGAAUUUUGGCAAAACACCUUCGUACAUUAAGAAAAUAAUUAAGACCAACAAAACGGAAAAACUUGCUGAGGCCGAACGUAUACGGACGAUCAAACCACCGUUGCGUUAUUUGCCCGCAGAUGAGCGUAACAAGUUAUUGACAGGAUUGAAUGCCAAUUGGCGUGAAUUGUAUACGGAAUUUUUAUUAUUACCGAUGGUUACAGACUCAGUGCCAAAAAUUAAUCGAAAAUCUCGGCUUGAGAAUCAACUAAAUAAUUUAGAAAAGGAUAUCUACCUACUGGAAAAGUACCCGUCCUUAUAUGUGUGCGAUAACUAGGGUUUUAAAAUGUCUUGAUAUCUAAAAAUAUUUUAUGAAAUGUUUUAUGCGUAUGAAAAUAAAAAUAAAUC